CAGGAGAGAUGGGGAAGCAUGAGUUGGCAGUGGGCGCAGUGACACUUAUCGCUCUUUCACAAUAAAGGGGCACGCGUCCGGUCUCUCCGCGCCGCUCCCACCGCCGCCCGCCAUGCGGGCCCCACCCCUGCUCCUCUUCUGCCCGACUCCCUCUGGGUAUUUUUAGCGCCGGUGAUGUGCCCUGUCACACCACGUAACGGAAACCACCUCAGAGCCGAGCAGGCAGCAGGCAGCAGGCUUCAGAGCAGCCGUGUGGAGCGCGCCCUGCUCCGCGUUACUGAGAUCUGCAGGAGGCGAAGAGACCGCGGAGGAGAUGACAGUAACGAUCCAUUUGGUGGUGUUGUUCGUGUUGGCGGUUCUUACCGGCUCAUCGCAGACGAGAGGUCAGAGCAGUGUUGCCCCGCCUGUCUUCAUCACCCAGUCUGCCUUCCAGAGCCACGCUAACACCUCAGCAUCUCCCGACCUAACAGAGGAUCCAGGGAACGAGGUCCCCAAGAGGACACGCGAUCCCGCAAGCAGGGAUGAAACCAUGACCAUCACCGGGACCAAAGGAUCAGUCGAUCCGGAGAAUGUCACGAACGCAGUAUUUGAAACUGGCUUGUUGAGCAUGAGCUCUGCGGCGGCAGCAACACCUCCACGCGCGGAUGCGGCAGUCGUCGCGAGCGCUCACACCGGUGCGGCCUCCUCUCCAGCCGCUGCACACGGCCUUUCAUCCACACCACCUCCGUGGGGCACCACCCCUCUGCAUCGCAUCUCACCUGCCGAGAGCAGAGCGCCCCUCACCGGUGAUCCCCCCACCGCUGUUUCAACUCAGCCCGCCCACACGGUGCAGGGCACAAGCUCCACAGCCCGCUCCUCCACCGCCCAGCCGCAGUCCGAAUCACUGACCAUAGACCGCCCUUUGACCUCAGCUCUCGGCCCUGCGGGGCCAAGGCACAGGGAGGUCCCAUCUGAACUUAACAUCGGGGAUGAAGACCUCAAGGUGCCCAGACACCGCCCAAGCUCCCCUUUAGACCCCCUGCUGGCUGGUCUGCUGUCAGUGUUCAUCGUCACCACUGCCAUCAUCUUCGUCGGCCUCUUCCUCAAGCUCCGCCAGCGGACAAACCACCCAGAGUUUCAUCGGCUGCAGGAUCUCCCCAUGGAUGAUUUGAUGGAGGACACGCCACUCUCCAGGUACACUUACUGAGGGGAGCGUCCACUCAGUCAUUAGAACAGAACCACGGUGGACACCAGAGGACGACCUGUUGGGUUGUGGGCAGCUGCAUCUCUGCUGAUGAAGUUUCCCCUUGUGACUGAGUGUCAGUGUGAUCUGCUGCUGUGUGUGAGGGAUUCUUUGAGAACAUAGAAUAUUUUAAAUAAGAGGGGUUUUUUUGCAACACUACAACUUUUUCCCACAUUCCCUUUAAGGAAAAGGAGAUCUACAGUCUGGUGGGUUAUCUUUGUAUCCCUGACUUGACUCCUUAUGGUCGCACAGCACUUUAAUGUGGCAAGAAUGGUCACAACGACUUCUAGAGGACAUGUGAGGUAAUGCGGAUCAAGGUUGCAUGUACAGUAGUCAUUCAAUGUACACUAGCUGACCACCUCAGGAUAUCCAGCGAGGCAUCAGAGAGUAAUAGGCAAAGACAAAAGGAGAAUAUAAAGUAAUUUGAGACACAUCGAAAAGUUGACAACAUGCCCCAAAUGAUUAAGGAAAAUGAAUUGUGAUCCCUUAGGUGACCAAAUAUUAGUGAAGUGCACUUUCACACCAUGUUGCCAGGUUGCACGUGUUGUCUUAAAGCCGAGGUCUUGCAGAACAUCAAAAAAUAAAUAAAUAAGAGCAAGUGAUAUACAGUCUGUUGUAAAAACAGACCAGUUCUGUAACAGUAGAUAUUAUUAUCAUUCAAUUGUUCACACAUCAACUAAAUUAUAUGUGGUAAAUAUUUAUGGCUGCAGCCUUUUUAAUGUGUAGUUAUAUGUGUUAUGGAACUUGUAUCAUCAUAGUCUGAUGCUGGUUUAUAAAACUUGAAUUUGGUUAUUCUGCUCUGAUGAAUAUUGAAUCCACCAAUGCACACGGAGAAGACCCUGCUUCACUAAAUAAUCACUUUACUAUGUGUAAAAUGUAAAGGACAAACUGCUACUACUAUUGUUAAAUGUGCUCAUAUUUAUAUAGUGCAAAGGUUGAGCAGCAUCAGGGAAGUUUUUUGUUACCUGUAUCAGUAUUAUUUGGGAGUAUUGUGCUGAUGUUCUGUUGUACCAAAAUUUUUACCUGGUGUUACUUUAUUAUUAAGUGCCAUUAGUGAUGUAUGAUAUGCCAUUGACAUGUAGACUGUAAGACUUUGUUGAUAUAUUUUCUGUUUGAUAAUAAAACACAAACCACUACAAAGA